AUGGAGGUAGAAUUGGGGAAAGUUCUAGGCAAAUAUACUGAAGUCUGUAAAGUUUUAUUGACUAAAGGAUAUCAAGAGAUUGUCAAUUAUUUUGAUGAACUUCUAAAUUGUAGCGAAAAGCCAAAUAGAGUGAAUCUACUAGAAGCAAUUCUAGUUGGUGUUCGUGAACAUGAACAAUUGUUAGAGAUAUAUGAAUAUGUCGUGGACAGUUUAUGGACAAGAGAAAUCGAUCUGGUCAUUAGACCUAUCAUUUCUAUGUUUUUAAAUAAUUAUUUAGAUUAUCUUGAAGAUUGGAAAGUUGAACGCCUAUGCUUUCGAAUGAUUCGCAAGUUGAACACUGUGUGUUUAGAACCAUCUCUCCUAUUCGAUAUCCUGGCUAAGGGAUUGGUUAGGCUAGAGAAAUCGGAUGCUGUUUUAACCUCAAUGAUUGACUCAUUAUGUUCUACCGAAUGGUGCAGUGAAAAUGUUGUCUGUCUGUUAGAUGUACUCAGCAAUUAUAAUCUGCAAAAGACAUCAGUUGAAAAAAUUUUAGACAAAUCAUUGUCUAAAAUUAUUUCAUGGAAUAAAGAUAAAUUACCAGAAGUGAUACAAAGUAUUCUGUUAUAUGCAUUCCCGGCAAAUAUUGAAUUUUUAUUUUUACGGCUGUUAUCAUUAUUAUAUAAUGAUAAGGAGAUUUGUUCAACUUCAUCGUAUGAAGCGAUACGUGGUCAGUUGAUGAUGAAAAUGUUCUCUUUAGUUAAAGACAAUGAAGAUUUCGGUGAAGUUGUCUUUGAAACAAUUAAGUCACUGUCAAAAUCACGAAUAGAAUCUGAAUUUUUCUUUACAAUUCUGAUGACAUUAUUGCCUAUCAGAACUACUCAAGCUGAGGCUAUUCAACUACUGACCAACUCUAUUUUAAGAGCGUUUUCUGACAGUCAUUUGGUCUUAGAGUCAUCUUUUCUUCGAGCUAUCUGCCAAUUAUCAGAUGAUCCUAAGGAGAUUAUCCUUAAACUUACUGAAAAAUGCACUACAAGUCAAUGGGAAUUCACUAUUCAUGGAAUGAUUAUUCUUGGUUUUACACUUAUUCGAGCUGCAUGUUCAUUUAAUACAUCGUCAUCAUGCGGGGGUGGUAGUGGUGGUGGUCGUUCAUCGUCAUCGUUGUCAUCAUCAUCAUCAAAGCCACAGUCAGCAUCACCUUUUCUCACUCAUGAUACGUUGAAAUCACGUAUACUUCGUUCAGGUCUAGACUUACUUGUACAUCUUUUUAAACACUGUUCCUGUUCACGAGAUGAAAUUAUGUCAAUAACAUCAAAUCUUAUAUGGGGUGAAUCGAGCAGACCUAUAGCUUUGCAUGCUUUAGAUCUUUUAAGUGAUCUGGUAGCUGUCUAUCCUUUAGAAGUUGCUGUACGCGCAAAUCGUUUAGAUCCAAUUAUCGAUACAAUUGGUUUAUUACCAUUGAGUAUAUCAACUGCCUUGGUGCAUGCAUUAUUACCACUUAUAAGAGCUGGAAAUUUAUUAGAAUUGAAUAGCAGCAGCACCUUUAACAAAGAUGCUACUGAUGAUGAUGACAAUAACAAUAAUCAAAAUAAUCCAUUCAUUGAAGUACGACGAAGAUUAAUAGCUAAUUUAUGCCAAGCAGCAAAUUCGCCUAGAAUACCUAGUCGAUGUACAGCAGUAGCUUGUUUUAUGCUUCUAUUGAAACAUUUAAAGGUUUCAGUAUCAGCAUUUCGUUCAGCGUCACAGUUAUCUUCGUCAUCGAAUUCGCUUUCUCAACCUUUUCUUUGUUCACAAUCACAGUCAACUCAAAGGAACCCGUUAGUAUUGUUUAGUCAGUUAAAAUCAACACAGAUUGCUGACCAAGCUGUUCUUUUACCAUGUGACAUUGUACAGAAUGAGGUGUUAUGCACAGAAAUUAUUCGUAUCCUUCAUCGGGUUAUAUUUUCAGCAUUUUUCCGUUCUCAAUCAGGCAGUCUGUUGCAAGAUCCAGAGAAUAUUGUCAAGUCUAAUAUAUACUGGGGUUUUUGUGAAGUUGUAACACGUAAUCGUGGCCUAUGCCAACCUGUUUUGAAUUUAUACUUACGUCUACUUACUGGGUGUUUAGCACCGAAUUUUCUGAAAACACUUAAACAACCUGGUACACAGAAUUCGCUUACUCUUCUUACACCAAAGAAUCCAUCAGAGAUUGAUUUUAUUCCUAGUCCACCAUUUCUGCUAGACAAACUAAUUGAUUGUAAUGCUACAAAUGGAGAAGUUCAACGUAGUGAACAUCCGGAUAUUUUAAUCUGGUGUUUACAACUUCUGUUAACAUUACCAAUAUUCAAUGCCUGUUGGAGACGUUUACGUCUAAAAGAUAUUUCACGUUCUGCUGGUAGUGAAUCCUCAGAGAUAUCAUCAUCAUCUUGUCCAUCGAAUGGUCAAUUUAGUCAAUUUACCCAAUCUACAAUGGAUGGUUCAAUACAAUGCGGUCGAUCAGUUGCCUUCCCUUUAUUCACAAAAGCAGUCAACCUAUUAACAGCUAUAUCAAAUUCACUUCGUCUAUUACCAAAAGAAGAUUUCGGCUUGACUGCAGAGACAGAUUUCAGUACAACUCCUAUCGGGAAGUUGAAUCGUGAUCGUGUUCAAUUACUUAUUAAUAUUUAUGAUGCAUGUUUAGAGUUUGAGUUGAAAGAUCCAAUGGCAACUGGUGAUCUAACUCAUGCUGGUAAUUUUCAAUCACAGUUUCCAAAUCAAACUUCUCCUGAUUCAGCUUGGCUGCGUAUUCGUCAACUAUUCACUAAACGUUUAACUCUAGUAAAUUUACUCAAUGGAAAAAGCACUGGCAACAGUCAAAAUUAUGGUUUUUUAUCUACACCGUCUAGACAAACUGGAGACUUUCGUAGUGGUGGUGGUCUACUAAUUAUGAGUUUAAUUUCACUUUCUCAAGCAAAUUUAAAAAAUAUUCUAAUCGCUAGUAUUAAAUCAGAGUCAAUGAAUUCACUGGCUUGCUAUAUCCUUCAAACUUUAUCGACACGAUUAAAUCAAUUUACACGAUAUAAUGAUGGAAAUAUUCCGUGUGUAUAUCGUGAUGCACUCCUGAAUGAAUUGAAUCCAAUUAUGAAGUGCGUAAUUCGCUUUUAUCAUCAUAAAAUAAUGUCAAGUGAACAGUGUGGUUCACUUCCUAGUCAUAGUUCUGUGCCUACGGCUACUGCCACUGCUACUACAACUAAUUCUGAUGAUGAAGCGACCAAUCAACCAGAGGUGGUAUCUAAAUCUCGCACCACAGGCACCACCACCAUGAUGUCAACGUCAACAGCAGCUUUAAAAGUUUUCGAUAUUGGAUUAACACUGGCACUACACUAUUUGGGUACUCAAAGACUGCAUAAAAUAUGUAGAAUACUUUAUCCUGUUACAGAAAAUCCAGAUUAUUCAGAGCAUUUACUCAAUCCAGAGUCAUGUGAUUCAGAGGAUGUAGACAUCACUGAUAAUGAUGAUGAUGAUGCGACAUCUGAGUCUAUAAUUUCUGCAGUGACACCAGCUCAAGCGCUUUCAUCAUUUGUUAAAUUAGUUAAAUCAUGGGUGACUCGACUGUUGAAUCCAUCCGGUACAGCGAUUAGUUUAUCUACACAAAAAUUGACCAGUCAUAAUUUUCCACAUGCAAAAGAUCUUGUUAUCCUAUUACCAAUAUUAGUGAAACUUUGUCGUGUACGGUCUACAGUUGGCUCUGAAAUUACAAAUCUUGAAUUGAAUCAAUUCAAUCCUUAUCCAAAUCUGUCUCGUGUACUAGCCUGGUUGUUAAGACUAAUGCGUAGUCCAGUGGGGGGUUCACGUAAUCUACCAGUAAGUAGUGGUACACAAAUGAAACAUGCAAAUGCUAUCCCUAUCACUUCACGUGUUCAACUCAUCAAUCAAACUAUUUGGUUAGCACAUUUAGUCGGUUCAAAUUCAUCAAGUCGAAUUGUAGAAAGUAAUGAUACAGAUUUAUCACUGGAUGAUAUACUUCUCACGUUAUCGACUGAUCUGACUACUGUCUUGGGGAAUGUUACUGAUGCUAAGGAUCUCAGUUAUAUUCCUCCUGAUGAUAAAGAGACCACAGUUACUUAUCCACUGGUAACUCGUUCUUCUGUCCUGUCAAUUCUACCGCUGAUUUUUACAUCUUUAAAACAUUCAAUCAAUGAAUAUGAAUGGCUGUUGAAUUAUAUCUCUAUCAAUUAUGCUGGCCGAUUAGACUUGAAUGAUGGUAAAGCGUCUAAAGAUGUUGAAACAAAAUUAGAAGGUAAUGAACAAGAAGAAGCCUUGUGUCUACGUCUUAUUGGACUCGGUGAAAUAUUAGCUCAACUAUUACAGACAGCACUUCCAGCACCAAGUGCACAUAUUGACACAUUACUAGAGAUUGGAGCGUCUGUGUUCAAUCUACUCGGUCGUUUAACAAAAUAUUAUCUGCGUAUUGUUCGUUUACGAUAUGGUCGAUUCCCGAUUAUUUUUGAACGAUUAGUUCGCGUUUACGGUCGUGAAGUAGCUCCACGUGCCUAUGAAUUAUUCUCUUACAUACAGAAUGCUGAAAGUGAAAAAGUGAAAGGUUUUCAAGAAGCGAAAAGUCUGAAGAAAAAGCCUAGUGGAAAAAGUGAUUGUGAAACAAAGAAGCAAACAUCUUCAGGAAUUCCUCAAGCUCUAAUAUCUCGUUCUAUCAAAGAUUCGCGUCUUAUUCCACAAUUAAUUUAUGCUAUUGAACAGUAUGAACGAUUUUUAAUGCAACUAUCUAAAAAAUCGAAGGUUAAUCUUAUGCGUAAUGUAAAAUUGAGUACAUCUCGAGAUUUUCGUAUCAAUCAAGCUACACUGGUUGCUACUUUAGAACAAUCUGCUGCUCCUUUGAGUGUUAGCAGUCUUAGUGAUAUAGAUGAUGAUAAUGAUGAUGAGAAUAAUGUAGACAAUCAACCUGUGAAUAGUGUUCAUCCAGUUGAAGAUGGAACGGAGAGUGAGGAUGCUAAUCCGGAGGUUGAUGAACAUCCACAUGGAGAUGAUGAUGUGAUGUUGAUGAUGAUGAAGAAGAAGAAGGAGAGGAGGAGGACGUGGAAGAUGAGGAGGACGUUGAUGGUGAAGAAGAAGACGAUGAGAGUGGAGAGGAUGAAAGUUCUGAAGCUGAUAGUGACGUUCACAAUGAAGACGGUGAUGAUAGUGGUAAUGAUGAUGAUGAUGAUGGUGGCAAUGUCGAGGAUGACAUUGAUCCAGCCGCUUUAUUAUUAAGUGCACAAAAUGAUGAAGAUAUCGAAAAUAUGUCGUCUUCAACAUCAUCAAAUUCUACAUCGAAAUCACGGACUGAAACGCCUUUAUUGCUUAGAAGAGUUAAUCCAGUUUCACAACGAAAUUCAGCGAUGAAAAGAACAUUGAAAUCCAUCACAAAUGAAAUCGAUGUGUCUGCUAAGGCGAAAAUUCGUAGAAAUUGAAUAAUAUAAUUAUGAACAAUUCCAGUGUUAUAAUCGUUUCUUUU